AUGGGCGUAUGCGGAGGUAAAGGAGCUAAGAACAAGGAUAAUGCAAAAAAGGAUCAUGAUUAAAAAUAACAAGACACAAAUCCCAAAAGCAUUGAUAAUGGACAGAAAAAUGAUAAGAAAACAUUCACAUCCCAAAAAACAUAAUUCAAAGUCAAUCCUUCCAUUUUUGUGACCUUAAAGAAGGGAGAUAUCUUAAACUACUAUAGAAUCGACUAAACAUUGGGGGAAGGUAUUCCACUGUUUUCUAAUCUUAUCAAGGUUCAUAUGGGAAAGUGAGUUUAGUGACAUAAAAAGUAACUGGAUUACCGAGAGCUAUGAAGCAAAUCAAAAAGGAGAAAAUCGAAUAAAGAGACAACAUGAUUCAGGAAGUCUCGAUACUCAAGGAAUUGGAUCAUCCUAAUAUUGUUAGUGUUUAUGAAUUGUAUGAGGAUGAAUAAUAUGUUUACAUCAUUACAGAGUAAGCAUUGAAAUAUCAUCAGGCAAAAGAUAUCUAAGUGGAGGAGAAUUAUUUGAAAAAAUAAAUGAAAUCGAUCACUUUGAUGAAACUAUUGCUGCUGGUUAUAUGAGAAAAAUCUUAGAAGCUGUUAAUUAUUGUCAUAAUAAAAAUGUAGUCCAUCGGUAUUUGUUUUCUAUUUGAUGAUAGUGAUCUCAAACCUGAGAAUAUUAUAUUUGAAUCAAGGAAAACUAACUCAAGCUUGAAGAUCAUUGAUUUUGGCACAGCUAAAGAACUCUUAGACAGCACCAAAUUAUCAUAAAGAAUCGGAACUGUAUUAUAUUUUUAUCAAUAUCUCCAACCUAGCCUUAUUAUAUAGCACCUGAAGUCAUCAGUAAAUAAUAUGAUAAAAAAUGCGAUGUGUGGUCCUGUGGAGUUAUUCUAUUCAUAAUGUUAUGUGGAUACCCUCCAUUUAAUGGAUAAUCUUAACAGGAAUUGUAUUAAAGGAUUCAAGCAGGAGUCUACUCUUUUGAUGGUAAUAUCUAUUAGAAUUAUCUGAGUAGAACCUGAAUGGAAGGAGAUUUCUGAGGAGGCUAAAGAUUUGAUUAAAAAAAUGUUAGUGACUGAUCCAGAAAAAAGAAUCUCAGCCCAAGAUGCAUUGUAACAUGAGUGGAUCAAGAUGACUUAAAAAGAGAAAAAAAUUAAUCUCAAAUCACUUGAGAACUUAGCUAGAUUUCAUGUAACCUAUAUUGUAUUAAUGAUGAAAUUAGAGCCAAAGUAAAUUAAAAGUAGCAAUCAUGCAAUUGAUCACCACCUAAGUUAUGACUAAUUAGGAAAAGAAAAAACUGCAAAAAUAAUUUAAGAAAAUUGAUGUCAAUCAUGAUGGCACUUUGAGUAGAGAGGAAUUACUCCAAUGUUACAGAGAAAUUUAUAAUGACGAACUUAAAUGUCAAUAAAUUGUUGAUCAUCUAUUCGAAUAAGCAGAUGUCAAUGGAUCUAAUUAAAUUGACUAUACAGAAUUUGUUAUUGCUUUCGCAAAGAAAGAGCAAAUUAUGGCUUAAAAUAAAUUGGAAAAGGCCUUUAAACUAUUUGAUAAAGAUGGCAAUGGACAAAUUAGUAAAUAAGAACUUUAGGACAUUAUGGGUGGAGUGCAAUUAAGUGAUAAUUAAUGGAGUAAUGUUUUUGGAGAACUUGAUUUAAAUGGAGAUGGUGUUGUAACACUAUAAGAAUUUACUGAAAUGCUCAUCAAAUAAGCUAAUGAAUAAGAAUGA